AUGGUUUAUUUGGCCCGGAGCAAAUCAACAAUCAAUAUGUUUAGUCAGAAUGAGGACCCCUGCUACCACCGUUCAUUGCUGCGGUUUGCGAAGGUCCCAUCUCAAUCCCAACCGUCCUCUGCACCGUGCGGCUUCGAGCGCAACCGCUUCCCCAACUGCACCGUACUUUAUGUCGUUUUGAGCCGACUACUCGCCACAAAGUUGUAUCGGAAGGGAGAGUUGAUGCCAAUCUCACUCGAUAUAAACCCAGUGAAGAAUACAGCCAUCUGUUACGGCUAUGAUUGGAAGAGAAAACAAAGCUGA